AUGGCGGAGGAUUUGAAGAAGAUAAAGAAGAAGAAAAACAAGUUCAAAAAAGGCGCCGAUCAAGCCAAUUCCAACGAGUUGAAGCCGAAAAAGAAAGAGUUUACGGUGUCUCCGAAUCCAGGGAGUAGCGGCAAAAAACACAAGGCGGACGGUUUGAAUCAACCAUUGGUGAAGCAUCGUGAGGCGAUACUUGAGGAAAUUUUUCUUAAUCACUUCCUGCCAUCGAAUCGGAAACUUGUCCCUUUCAGUGGGCGCCCCUUGAAGAGAAUUGGGGAGAUUUGUUCCAACAGCAAGGACGGUAGAAAAAGACUGCUAGUUCUUUGGCGGUUUGAACAUAAACUUAAGCUAGUUUAUGAGAGGUUUCUGCGGGCGGUCGAGGGCUUAGCCUCGUUGGUUGUUGAAGACCUAAGCAAGCGAGCGCUACGCACUGCUCUCAACCUUCUUGCCGAGCGUCCUGAGGGUGAAAGGUUCCUUUUGAGUAUGCUGGUGAACAAAAUGGGACACCCAAAGGCUCAUAUUGGUGCUUUUGUUGCAACGUUGCUCGAAGAUCUCACGAAGCGGCAGCCGAAAAUGCGCUCUGUCGUUGUAGCCGAAGUGGAGCGGCUGAUUUAUAGGACAAAUGUGAGUCCCAAGGCACAUGUGUAUGCGUCGACAUUCCUUUCGCAGAUCCUUUUGCAUGCGGAAGACUCGUCGCUUGCUGUACAACUGCUGUCAAUUUACUUUGGUCUGUUCAAAACCCUUGUCAAUCGCAAACUUCCUGACAAUCGGCUCAUAGGAAUUCUUCUAUCUGCUGCAAACCGUGCGCUUCCAUUCGCAAAAGAGAAAGCCGAUUCAUUGGUUGAGGAUAUCAAUACGUUGUAUAAGAUUGUCCAUACAAGCUCUUAUUCGGUAUCGCUGCAAACACUGAAACUGUUAUUUCAAGUGCAUCAAAUAAGGUACCCGUCUAACUAUGAUUUAUCAUGA